AUGCGGCGGAGGCCCCGCCGGUCCCCACGGGACCCGCCAUGGCGGCGUAGGCCCUGGCGGGUCCCCGGGACGCCAUGCGGGCGGAGGCCCGCCGGUCCGGGACGCCUGGCGGGCGGAGGCCCGCCCGUCCGGGCGACCCCUGGCGGGCGGAGGCCCGCGGUCCCCCCGGGACGCCUGGCGGGCGGAGGUCCUCCCCCGGGACGCCAUGCGGGCGGAUGGGACCCGCCUGUCCCACCCCGACGCCAUGGACGCGGAGGCCCGUGGGCGCCGGUCCCCGGGACCUGCCAUGGCGGAGGCCCGCCGGUCCCCGGACCCGCCUGGCGGGCGGAGGGCCCGCCGUCCCCCACGCCAUGCGCGGGAGGCCCGCCGGUCCCCGGGAGCGCCAUGCGGGCGGAGGCCCGCCGGUCCCCGGGACGCCAUGCUGGGCGAGGCCCGCCGGUCCCCGGGACGCCUGGCGGGAGGCGGACGCCACCCGCCGGUCCCCGGGACCGCCUGGCCAGGGCGAGGCCCGCCGGUCCCCUGGACGACCAGGUCUGGGCGCGGCCCGCCGCCCCUCCCCGGUCGGGCACCCGCCUGGGCGGGCGAGGUCCCCGGACGCAGGUCCCCUGGGAGCCCGCCAUGCGGGCGGAGGCCGAGGCGCCUGUCCCCACGGGACGCCUCCCCGGCGCGGAGGCCCCCAGCCUCCCGGGACGUCCCCGGGACGCCGGUGGCGGGCGGAGGCGGGCGGGAGGAGGCCCGCCGGUCCACGGACAGGCCCUGGCGGGCUGCGGGGAGGUACCCGCCGGUCCCACAGGACGCAUGGGCAGGGCGGAGGCCCGCCCGGUCCACGGGACGCACGGCCCUGGCGGGCGGAGGCCCGCCCGUCCCCGGGACUGGCGGGCGGAGGGAGGUCCGCGGGGUCGGUGGCGGGUAGCCCGCCUGGCGCGGAGGCCCGCCGGUCCCCUGGCGGGUCCGGGGACGCCUAGGCGCCCGUUAUGGCGGGCCCGUCCCACGGGACGGGAUGCGCGGAGGUCCCGCGGGCCCCGGGACGCCUGGCGGGCGGAGGCCCGCCUGGUCCCCGGGACGGCCUGGCGGGGCGGGAGGGCCCGGCCCUCCACCCAGGACGCCUGCGGGGGCCCGGGAGGCCAGACGUCCGGGACGACCUGGCGAGGCCCACCCGCCGGUCCCGGGACGCCAUGGCGGGCGGAGGAGGCCGCCGGGUCCCCGGGACCCCGGCCCAUGGCGGGCGGAGGCCCGCCCGCGGGUCCGGGACCCGCCUGGGGCCCUCCGGGGGAAGGCCCGCCGGGUCCCCGGGAGGGACGCCAUAGGGCGGGGGCACCCGCCGGUCCCCCGGGGACGGCCCCCUGGCGGAGGCCCGCCGGUUCCCCGGGAGCCUGGCUGGGCGGAGGCCCGGGCCGGUGGUGCCGGUUACCCCGGGGACCCGACUGGCGGGCGAAGGCCCGCCGGUCCCCGGGACGCCAUGGCGGGCGGAGGCCCGCCGGUCCCCGGGACGCCUGGUGGCGGAGGCCACCUGGUCCCCGGGACCGCCUGGCGGGCAGGAGGCGCCGGGUCCCCGGGGACGGGCUGGAGGGAAGGAGGCCCGCCCGCGGUCCCGGGACAAAAAUGCGGGCCGGAGGAGGCCCCGGGCCGGUUUCCCGGGAGGACGCCAAUGCCCCGCCCGGAGGCCCGCCGGGUCAACCCGGGACGCCAUGCGCGCCCGCCCGGUCCCCGGGACGCCAUGGGCAGCGGAGGGCCGCCGGUCAUUCGGGACGCCAUGCGGGCGGAGCCCGACCCGGGUCCCGGGCGGGACGCCCAUGCGGGCGGGAUCCCCGCCCGCCUGGUCCCCGGGACGCCAAGGCCCGGGGGGCCGGUGGGAGCCCGCCCGGGUCCCCGGGAACGCCAGCGGGCCCGGAGCCCGCCGGGAACCCGUCCCCGGGAGCCUGGUGGGGCGGAGGCGGGCCCGGUCCCCGGGACGCCAUGCCGGGCGGAGGCCGCCGGUUUCAAGGGACGUUCUCGGGCCCAGGGCUUAAGGCAGCCAGGUCCCGGGACGCCUGCGGGAAGGCCCCCCGCCGGUCCUGGACACCAAUGGCGGGUUGGAGGCCCGCCGGGCCCACCGGGACGCUGGGGGCGGGAGGGCCCGCCAGGUCCCUGGACGCCAUGGCGGAGGCCCGGAGGCCCCGGCCGGUGGCCGGGAGGCAAACGGGCCCCCAUUGGGGCGGGCCCGGAGGCCCGGGCCGGGUCCCCGGGGACGGGGCCCUGCGGGGCCGGGAGGCCCGCCGGUCCCCCACGGGAACCCGCCUGGGCCGGGCCGGAGGUCCCCGGGCCGGUCCACAGGACGCCUUGGCAGGCCCGGAGGACCCGCCCCGGUCCCCGGGACCCUUGGCGGGCGGAGGCCGCACAGUCCCCGACGCCUGGGAAGGGCCCGGAGGGCCCGGGCCCCGGUCCCCGGGAACGGCCUGGCGGGGCGGAGGCCCGCCCGGGGUUCGGGGACGCCUGGGGCAAAAGGGCGGGAGGCCCGCCUGCGGGGAGGGCCCGGGGAGGCCCAACCCGUUCUGGCAGGACCGCCUGCGGGCGGGGUCCCGCCGGGGCCCCGGGACGCCUGGAGGGCCCAGGCCCGACCCGGGCCCCGGGACCCAUGGAGGCGCCGGCCCCAGGCACCCGCCGGGACCCGGAAGGACCCGCCUCCCCGGGACGGGCCAGGCAAGGCCCGGCCGGUCGGGAUGGCUGGCGGGCGGAGGUCGGGUCCCCGGGACCUGGCGCGGGAAGGCCCGCCGGGCCCAGGGACCGGCCUUGGCGGGGGGAAGGGCCCGCCGGUCCAGGGACGCCUGGCGGGGGAGUCGUCAGGACCGCCUGGCGGGCGGAAGGCCCGCCCUUUUCCCGGGCGGAAGGUGGCGGGCCUGGGCGUUCCGGGUUUCCCGGGAACCACCCUGGGGGCGCCAUCGCCCGGCCCGUCCCCGGAGGAAGUUCACCUCCUGUUUACCCAGGGACACCCAAAAAUUAUGGCACUGGGAAUCCUUCAAUUCUGAAUCCGGCUCCCCGAAUCUUUUCCUGGCUAUUAUUUCUUGCCCCCCUCCACCAUCUUCUCUGAUACUAACUUCUAAUUAUGACGCUCUUUGA